AUGGUCGCUGGAGACUAUCAAUUUUCUCGGCAGUUAAUGACUGAACUUGGUUCUCUCAAAGACCUACUUCACCAAAAUGAAGUUGUUUCGGUCACCCCGUAUGAAACAGGUGUGAUGACUACUCCGGCAUCAGCACUUGUUCUUGAUGCCAGGUCGACAAGUGCGGGAACUUCCUGGCGCUUCUUUAUUCAUCAUAGUCUGACAGACACUAAGCUAUGGUUUGAUAUGGGAAUCUCUUCGAAUCUUAGCUCUUAUCCUGAGAGUGUCCAAGCAGUUCAUGAACACUUCAAACCGGACCCCGCAACCCGAUCCCUUGCACAGGAUACCGAAGAUGCAGGCUUCAAACCAUCAGAUGUGAAAUACGUGAUUGCUAGUCAUGCUCACUGGGACCAUGUCCGCCCGAUGCCAAUUGAGUUCAAUCAGACUACCAUGAUAUGCGGUCCUGGUACUAUUGAGACGUAUGGCCCAGCAUAUCCAACGGAGCCAGAGUCAGUAUUCGAUGGUCGUAUCUGGGACUCUAGCCUGCGAACGUUUCCUUUGGAAGAGCUUCCCCCAACCACUAAUGCCGCGUGGUUCCAACUCGGCCCUUUCCCUCAUGCUCUAGACUUCUUCAACGAUGGUUCAGUCUUCCUUAUUAGCGCACCUGGCCAUCUGCAAGGCAAUUUGGCACUUCUUACACGUGUUGCCACGACAGAUGGGAGCAGGAAAUGGCUAUUUCUUGGAGGUGAUUGUGCCGCUUGCAACAUCUUUACUUACUGGCCGGAGGCACCCUUUGGCCUGAUGCCAGCAGGUACUAUGGAACAUGCCACCUUGCAUGAAAACGAAGAUGAGGCACGGUCAACUAUCCGACUAAUCUCUCAAUGUAAAAAGGAUCUUGGUAGUGAUUUACUAGUAUGGUACGCUCAUUCGGAGAUGUUGGAAGGAUUCUGGGAGAUGACUAACGGGAAUGCAAUUGAAAACUAA